GGUUUCAUACACAAAUAUGGUAGCCUCGUUCUCAACUUUUCUGGUUUACCAUGAAUUUAUUUUAUUUUACUUUUAGUUUUUCGUAUUCUGGAUUAUAUAAUACUUCUUAACAUUAUGUGCAAAGUGAUGGAUAAUCUGCCUACUUAAAACUUAUUAGUGACAGAAAGGUUUGAAAUAUCCAUGCAAGGUCACCAUCGGAACCUACGAUAUGACCUUCAUCUUACUUCAAAAAUUCAUAAACUUUUGAAAGUUUAAAAUGGACAACAGAGAGAAGAGGCCUAUUUUUGAUUUAAAGAAAUCAAAUUCGUUGAUCUCAAGUAUAUCAAUAAAGGAUCCGAAAACUGGAAGAAAUGUCUUGGAUGAAAUUUUACAAGAACCUGCUGAAAACUAUAAGGAACAACUUGCUAGGCGUACCCGCUCAGCUUUCAAGGAGCAAGUAUUAGCAAGGUUGUCGGAAGGAAGCUUUUUUGAAAGUACACAACAGAUUGAACACAUUCAAGACUCUAAAGAUGUUUUACCUUUAAGUAUAGUCGAUCCGAAUACGGGAAAGGAUGUAUUGUCUGAUAUUCUGAAGACUUCCAAAAUUAACAAAAAUCAAAAGGUCUUGUUUGAUGAUAUAACCAGCUGUGAAGAAAGAAUACAUCAAAGGGCAAGCAUUGUGGAUCCUUCAACAGGAGAUGACAAGUGGAUUGACUUAUUUAAGAACGAAAAUAUCAAGAAAAAUGCACAGGAGUUAGAAAACAAACGAAAAAGGAACAAAUUUAUAGAAGGAGUUAGGCAGAAGAUGUUACACAGUCGUAGUGAUGAAGAGUUUCAGUCUUGGAAUGACUAUGUGUACCAAGAUAAUGAAGAAGAAAACUCAGACGCUUCAUUUUCAAGUGAUUGGGGUCAAUAUGAAUACCAAGAUAUUUCGUCCGUCAGCCAAAGAUACACGGAUACAGAAACAUACACAGCAGAUCAGUCUCAACCAUUGGAAGAAACUUAUUUCGAACAGACUUUUAAUGACUAUAUCCACCAAGAGGAGGUAGAUGCAGACACGCCGUAUUCAAGUGUUUAUGCAUUUGGAAAAACCAAUGGUUACGUUUCAGCAUUUAGCCAGGAAUACGCGUUUGAUGACGACUUUAAUAACCAAGAUGAUGAAUAUGUAUCUGAGACAUCUGAUUAUCCCUGCGCCUCAGACUCGGAGAAACACAAUGAUGGCAAUGCUGUUGCAGUUAAAGACGACUCGAAGUCAGAGCAUUAUGAGGGAAUAAUAGAUAUGCGUGAAUCAGGACAAUUUCUUGAAAACGGAGAUAAUUACGAGGACACGAAAAUACAGGUUACGGAAAUAACAAAAGAAAGCACAUUGUCAAAUGAAAUUGAUAAGGAGUUGCCAGCAGGGGCUGAAAUUACCAAUACAAGUGAACCCGUUUUAUUCAAUCAUCAAUCUUGUGUCAUCGCUGGUUGGAAGGGCUCAGGAAAAACAACAGUUGUGCAACUCCUUGAAUCCGAAAGAUGGGAUGAUAUUUUUGAAGAUAACGGUAAUGGAUUAAAUGGAAAAGAAAAACCAAAUAGCAUGCAGAAAAACAGCGUAUCCUUCGUAGAGAUAUCAAACAGUCCUCUGUGCAAAGUUCUUCCAAUUUUGUUAGCUCCUGUAACCGUUGGGAUCUUGGUUAUUGAUAUGACCAAGACGCUUAAAGAAACAAUGGAUUCUGGAAGCAACACAACAGGAUUUUCAAAACUGACUUACAGAGAUUAUAUCGCAUCUUGGCUUCACAUAUUCCAAAAUAUUUGUACAUCAAAAGUGAACAUCAUUCUUGUUGGAACACACGCCGAUGGAUAUUCAGAGACGGAUGCAAUCGCAUAUAUGGAUGAAAUUUUAAAACUUGUCGACAAUAAAUAUUUAGACAAGAUUUGUUUGUCGAAGGAGAUGACAUUUACCAUAUCCUCGCAAAAGGCAGGGAAGGAAGAGUGCUCUUUUAAUAAAGAAAAACUGAAAGCAUGUGUCCAAAGUCAAUUGCUCAGUUAUGGCCAUCUUAGAAAACCGGUUCCAAUGCGAUGGAUUUCGUGGUUUGAAGUACUUGUAGAAACGUGCCAACAAGAAAAUAAAGUAACCAGGAUUGACAAACUCUGGAUGCUUAAUGAAAAAUUCCCCAAAGAAAACAGGUUGACAUCUUUUGACGAGAUGAAAGAUGUUUUAGCACUGUUCAGUGAUACUGGAAAAAUUAUUUUUGAAGGGCAGUACUGCAAUAUCGCAGUAUUGGAUAUUCAGUACAUUGUGGACGUUGUUUCAAUUAUAAUGUCAAGUCAAAUCAAGACAGGAGAAAUAACCUCUCCAGUUCUACAAGACAUGUUAAUACAAACUUGUAAACCUUACUGCGAGGAAAGUGCUUUAUACUUGGAGGCGAUUGGGUUAGCAUCAAAAUUUCCUUCUGAAGAUGUUUGGUAUUUUCCGACUUUAAACGCGCACAAAUUCCCUAUCGAAGAUUUCAAAAAUUUCAAAACAUCUUCAGUAUUUUGUUUCAAAUUCAAUUGUCAUGCAAGACUAAUAUUUCACAUGUUAGUUUGUAUGUGUUUGAGUAUAAACAAAUGGAGUGUCCUACUUGAUGGGAAAAUGAAAUGCGUUUACAAAAACGUUAUUGUUUUUUCGGUGAAAAGUCAUAAUAUCCUUAUCAGAACUCGUGGGAAUAAAAUUCAAGUUCAGAUACUGUGGUUACAUAAAAUCAACGUGGAUACUGUUUUAAUCUCUGAGAUAAUGAAAAAAAUUGGUUCUCUUCUCGAUACCAUUAAAGCGAGAAAUCAUGCAAAUAUCAAAUUCGAGACGGGGUUUGAAUGCGGAAAAGAACCGUUAGGAAAAGACGAGGACACUUUCAUAUCUUUUGAGGAGGCUAAUGGAAGUCGUGUUAUCCAGUGCCCUCGGUGUCCUGUAAAAAAAUCGCACCCAAUUGAUGUGCAAAGUAUUACAGAAUUUUGGAUGCACGGAGAACAACAGAAUAACAUUGUCCGGAAAAAGGAUUCUUGUUCCAAAAAAAUAGACGGAACUCGCUUUAAAAAGGCAUCCUUAAAGACCACUGAUGCUAAAGUUUCAGAUUUCAAAUCUGAAAUCUCUAAAAGGGUUGGCAUGAUAAGACACCAAGACAGUGCAAUAGGUACUGGGUUUCGAGUGGGUAAAAACAAAGUGAUGACAUGUUGGCACGUAAUUGGCCCCUACAUCACAGAAAACACAGCACGCGGAUGUGAACUUGACGUUAAAGGACUAAAUCUUUUCAACAUAUUAUUUCAAUUCAAAGAUCGUAAUGAAAAAUGCCACCCAAGAAACUAUUUUAGAUUCAUUCCAUAUAUACACUUUUAUGACAAGGAGUUAGAUGUAAUCGUUUUAGAACUAGAAAGGCAUCAGUUCACAGAAGUUGAAUUCCCUCCUCCAAUCAGAUUUUUUGGUGAAAUAGAUUUUAAUAGAGAACUUCAUUUAAUUGGACACCCAGGUGGUGUUCAGAUGAAAGAAGACAGCCAGGUGUCUCCUAUGCCACGCAACGAGCAAACGCAUCAGUUUAUUUUGGAAUUAGAGAAAUGGAGUGUUAUGCAUUUUCCUAACAAUGAAAAUUUUUAUUCGCCUCUUCAUGAUGCUUGCAAAGUUCUUCUUCACACAACAUUUGACCGCGGUUCAUCUGGCUCACCUGGGAUCAAUAUAGACCACGAAAAAGCAAUUGUAGUUUUGAUGCUUUCUGGUGGUGUGCCUACCUGUUUUUAUGAUGGAAUAUACACCAACAUACCGCAUGAUAAGCUUGUGGAAUAUGGAGUCUCUAUUAGUGAUAUAUAUAAUAAGAUGGAACCUGAGAACCCAAAGCUUUGCAAUGAAAUCUUUAAUACAUGUAAUUGAAUGAUAACAGAAUUGAUAUAUAUAAGCUUUAAUAUAAUCUACCUGAUGUCAGAUAUUCUAACUUAGGUAAGUGAAAGUUAAAAUCCUCUCAGAGCCAAGAAGACGCUUAUCUCCGGUUUCCAUGUGUUAAGCGGAUGAGAGUCAUCGACUCCCCUUGGAUGGGGCGCUAGUUUAUCGCAGAUCAGCCAUCAGCGUAAGCCAAUUGUGGCUAGAUGAACUGAGACAAUGUAGAUAUAGUGUAUUUUCUAUGGACACAAUACAUGUGACUACAGUGGGGCUCGAAUUUGCGACCUUUGGAUAUUCAUGCUAACACUUAUAAGCACUGAGCCAAGUGACUUCACAUAUAUAUUCUAACUU